AUGUGCAAGCAUCUGCUGGAGCCUCUCUACCUUCGAACGGUCAUCGAUGACCCUGUCGGCGCUGCCAAUCGGAUCAAGGUCAACAAGAACGUCAACGCCAAAAAGUCUAACAUCAUCGACAUCGGGAGACGCCACCUUCCCACAGGAGCGGCCGCCAAGGGCAAGGGCCGAGGUACGGGCUCGUCGUCUGCCACCUCCACCACUUCGUCCAAGAAUUCGGCCGGUGAGAAUACCAUCCCGGCGAUCAAGUCGUCACAUGGCCGAGCUUCUCAGCAACGACAGACCACUCCGACCCCGAUCGCACGCAGCCAGCGCGUGGCGACCUCUGCUCGUCGGGCUGCCGUGCCGAGUUCCUUCGUGCCCUUGUCCUCGGGCACCGCUCCUGUCACCAACCCGGAGACCAUGGUUCUCCGCCUCCCCGCCAACCAUGCUCUGGCUGCUGCGCGUGCCAAGCGCGCCAACGAGACUGGCCCCCCUCUGAAGCAGUCGUCGGCGGCGCAGCAGCCCGGGGUUCCCCCUUACACCGGCCUGAUUCCUCUGUCUGCGCUAGCGUCGAAGUGGCAGCAGCCGGUGGGGGCAUCACAGAGCAAGGUUUCCGGGAGGCUGAAGGGCCCUCACACUGAGACCUCCGCUGACGCAGAGGCGGCAUCGUACAAGCGGGUGCGCCUGUGA